AUGGACAUUUCGAGAAAGCUUCGCAAAUCAGAUAAUAACAAAGCACAAGAAGGACAGAUAAUACUGGACUUUCAAGGGCGUACGGAGAAAGGAGACGGAACAGACAACGCGGAGGAAAGGCUUUUCGUUCAAGUUGACAAGAGUCUCCUCAAGAGGCCGAGUUACAGGCAGUUCCUUGCACUCACCGAUAAUUUUUCUCGUGAACCAGGAGUUGCAGAGCCACGAGUCUCAGCAGAGGAGUUCGUGAGAGUUUUCUGUUCAGGACAUCCUUAUGCAGUUGAUCCUGAGACAUUCCGGAAAAUGGUUACUCAACUUUGGUUUGGGCACUAUUCACGUUCCCAUGGACCGCCUGACACAUCUGGUUUCGAGCACGUUUUCAUCGGAGAGGGAAAAAAGAAGAAGAAGGGAAAACGAAAGGGAGGAAAAUAUGGAGAAGUCGGCGGCUUGCACAAUUGGCUACGCUUCUACUCACUUGAGAAAAAUGUUACCGAAAAUUUCGACUACAAAGGUUUCAUAGAAAAAGCGGGA